UACCUUGUUUAUGGCAAAAGUGGUGCAACCAGCUGGUCGUGGCUUUGUUUAAGCCAGUUCUUCUGUUUUAGUUGCUUCCAAAGUUCCUUUCCAAAUUGGCAACAAGGAGGGCGGUGCGUUGUCCUAGGUUUCGGCCGGACUAGCGUAUCGUCCGGACUUUUGUAUAAACAUUAUCCUAAAUUGCGAUUCAGUUUUUACUUUUUGUGACAGUGAACCUAAACCAUAAUGACCCGCGGGAACCAGAGAGAUUUGGCUCGUGCCAAGAAUCAAAAGAAGCAGCAAGAAGCGCAAAAGAAAAAAACAGCAAGUGAGAAAACAGGAAUGUCUCUCUCAGAAAGGAAACAUAGAGAUGCUGAAUUGAUGCGAGAGAAACAAAGAAAAAAAGAAGAACAAGAGGACCAAGGCGCUAGAAAGCAAUCAGUACAUUAAAGUUUGUCCAA